AUGGCCGACGGCAACAGCAACUCAUCGGCGUCGUCGGUGGCCACGGGAGAAGAGGCUUUCGUUGAGAAGAAGUAUGGUGGAAUGGUGCCUAAGAAGCCUCUGAUUUCAAAGGAUCAGGAGCGCGCCUAUUUCGAUUCUGCGGACUGGGUCCUUGGCAAGCAAGCUGCAAACAGCGGCAACGCACGGGCUGCUACUGCUAUCGAAUCCUUGAAGCCAAAGCUAAAGAGGACGCCCCAUCACCAGCUUCCCCCUCGCAAGCCGACCUGUGCUUCCAGCUGA